UCCUUGUUUAGUUUGAAUUUAUCACACAAACUUACGUUGACUCAAACUCAUAAUAUCACAAUUGUGGAAUGAAAAACAUGAUUUCAUUCCUCAUAACUUUGAAGACUGAAAAGACUGAAAGAAAGUCACAUUUUUACACAGAAUCAUUUCUAUAUCAUCAGAAUAAACAUGUCGGCAGCUUACACUUCCAUCACAGAUAUUUGUACACAACUUUAUCCACCAAGGUCUGGAUCUCUAACUUUACGGGACAUUUGUAGAAGUGUGACAGCAACGACUCUGAAUAUCCGAUUAGGAAAUAAAACUUCUGUGGUGGGAGUUUCUGUAACAUGAAAGCACACACUAUGAGGACGUUCCCGCGUCUUUUGAUGACAAUCUCAUUGGCCAGGCAGCCGUGGAAGGUCCCAAACAUGAAACGCCUCAAGAAGGUGUCCUCGACAGCGCGAUCAGCUGCCCCGUCUUCUCCUCUAAGAUGACCUGAAACAGACAGGCAGGUAAAAUAUAAAAUCUAUGUGACCAGAUCCAUCCAAUUAUCCUAGAGUUAAUACAGAAAAACACAUGUUCAUCAUCUAAAUGUCAUUUUUUACAGAUGGAGUUUGAUGGAUUUGCUGAGUGACACAGCAGCUGCUUCUGGUUAAAAAAAAAAUCUCACUAUGUCAAGAUUUGAAACCAGCAGAGACCUCGUACCUGUGGAAAUCCUGGGUUAUACAGGUGAAAAGUGCACACAAAAGCUGUGGAGUCCUUUAUGCUGAUACUUACUGGUAUGUUGUGACAGCCAUCCUUUGCGGUGGCCGAUGUGAUGAGGUGGGAGAGCUUGCUCAUACGUGUAAGGUUUGUCCCCUUUUCCUACUCGAGCACGAGCCGCAUGAUUCUGGAAAACAAAGAUAGACGUGGAGAAAACAAAGUAUGGGUAAAAACCAGUGAAAUCUCUGUUGGUGUUCAAAGAGGACCUCGAAUGAAGCUUGCUAAUCACUGAAGGUAGAAGGCAAAGUUUACCUUGCAGCACACUGCAGUCACAUGGAGCGAUCUGAUUCCUGAGGAGCUGCACAAAGAUCCAGACCUGGUUAAUUUACUCUGCAGGGAAACAAAAACAAACGUGUAAAAUGACAGACAUCAGAUUUCUGCAUCUGAGCGAAGAGGCCUAGAAUCCACAAUGCUUUAAAGGGAUAUUCCGGCGUAAAAUUAGUUUAGGGUCAAACACACCGUAACGCUGAGUUAGACACCCCCUCCAGAGAUGAAUGCUGCUGACCGCUUGCUUCUCUAGUUAUACCAACUUUAGUAACGACCGCAGGAUAGUAAUACACAGCGGUCUGAGGAGCCAUAAACAAACCUCAACCAAAACGCCACUCUAUAGCCACAAAUUAUGCUCAGAACAGCACCUAACUUCAUCCACAGUUCAUAUAGGGUCCCAGCCAGAGUACUAGCCACCAUACAUCUUUCUAACUUUGCCUAAUUUCUUAAGCUAAGAGACUAAACACAACUCACCCACUCUCUUGCAGCAGCCACUUGUUUGUAGCGAGACCUCAGGCCAGUCCAUUACGGACUGCAGUGGGGUGACGCAGCUCAAGGAAUAACAUUAAUGAUCAUUUCUUUAUCAUUUUCUUGAAGUUAUAAUCAUCAUAUUAAUCAUUUUGCACUGCAGACACGGUAGUUCUUCUUCCUCAGCGUCUCGGUCUGAUUGCAUUGUUGAUUAUGGCUCCUCAGACCACUGUAGUUGUUACUAAAGUUGGUAUAACUAGAGAAGCAAGCGGUCGGCAACCUUAAUUCCGAGGCGACGUGUUUGACCCUAACUCAAUUUUACGCUGGAAUAUCCCUUUAACUCCAGAGUUUGGUCUUUGCAGUUUGGGGUGUCAUGUCCUCUGCUGAUGUUGGUCUACUGUGUUCGAUCAAGUCCAGACUCAACACAGCCUCAGGUCUACGGGGGGUGUUUUAGAGACCUUCCUGCUUCUAUCUGAUGGCAAGCUUCACAAAAACACAGAUUUACUUUUCCAGCAGGUCGGAGCACCUACCCACAGCGCCAAAACUACCAAUGAAUGUUUUUCUUUAUUACAAGUUUUUUAGUUGCUAGUGUACCUUCAUACCUGACUUUGGCCCUAAUACAGAAAGAAACCGUUUCUAUGUGAACUCUAGAAUAACAAGCACUGACAGAAGACUUUCGAAGAGUUAACUGUAAAUAACUGUUCAGUAAAUUAAACGAAACAAAUAAAGAGAAUAAAAAAAUGACCAGAGAGGAUUAUCUAAUUAUAAAGGUAUAAAGACAAGACUGGCGCAGAACUAACAUGACCAAAAAUGCAUAAACCAGUAUUUAUGAGGUUAAAACAUUGGAUUUUCCGAGUAAAGAGGGUAAAUUCUUAUUUUACUUACUAACAGCUUCACGCUUCCUGCGAUGCUCAAGGACGCCGCCAUGUUUUUUUCUCGAGUCACAAACGGGAGCACACCCGUCUAAAAAUAAAAUUGUUUUCCUUUUUUUUAUCUUCGUAAAUUUUCCGCAGUGUUUAUAGGAUAAUUGUGACAGCAAACCGAAAUUAUAAAAGCGUAUUUUCUUCAAAGAUAAAUGUCGUUCAUUAGCAAAACUGCGUAUUUAUACCGGAACUGUUUAUCUUUAGAUCGGUAACCGUUUUUGGCGGAGGGCUACUGAAUGGGAUCAACCGGAUGCGGAAAGAAUAAAAUGACUUAAAGAUAACAGAGCUUCGUAAAUUCAUACAUAUUAUUAAUUAAAGUUAUAAAACUUAAUAUAAAAAAAAUAGAUUUUAUAUAAGUAUUUUUAUUGGACUUGUGUCGUUUACUUAGUCAAACAGAGCGCAUUCAUUGCGAGUUCUGAUUUAUUUUGAAACAGAAAACCGGAACAGUGAGUAUUGUUCUGGAAGGAGGAGCACAGGCGUUAAGAAACCGUUCCUACGGAGUCCCUCUUGUUUAUUAACUUGUUUUUUACUGUCAGAUCCUCCGUGGUUGUGGUUUCUAAAGUCUCAACUGUUGACAUUAAAGGUUCCUGAACACGAUUUAAGGUUAAAGUUGAGCAUGUCGUCGCCGGUGGAGAUGACAGAGAUGUAUGAUACCGCUCUGCUCGGGAUCCUGCAGCACGUCGGAAACAUUCAGGACUUCUUACAGAUCUACUUUGGGUUUUUGUACCGAAAAACUGACUUUUACCGUCUCCUGUCCGGUCCAAACGACCAGAUGGGCUUCCCCCCGGGUGUGGCUGAGAAGAUGGUGUUAAAGGUGAGGUUUGUGAAGGUGCUGAAUGGUUUUAACUGUCAUAUAAACUCUGUGAACAGGUCAAUACUGAAGGAGCUGUUUACAGUCUGUUUCUGUUUAUUUCAUUUAUCAUGACAGAUUAUUAACCCUAGAACACUAUCGCUAAAAUUAGCGAAAUACUUCACCCAAGAAAAAGUACUUGUCAUGAAAAUAGGACAAUACAUGACAAAUUAAAGUUUUCUUUUCUUUUUAGCUGUGCAAUGUCCAAAGGGAAGGGUAAAAGUGUCACGAGGGGAACAUAAAAAAAUGCAACAAAAUAACUGAAAUAGAGAUAUGCCGAUCCAUUUUUUUCUGAUCCGAUACCUGGGCCGAGCGUAUCGGCCGAUAUCUGAUACCGAUCCAAUACUACUGUUCAAUACAUGAACUGUAUACUUAGUCCUGUGAGUGAAGGCAUCAAGCUUGACAUUAGCCUUGCUAAAAAAAAGUAACAAAUUAACACAGAUUGAUAUUUACUUAAUAUUAUUUUUUAACAAAUAACAAAUAGCACAUUAGCACACAGCAAAAAGAAGUAAGACUUCCAUGUAUUAAAAGGAAAAACUAAAGAAAAGAAAAAAAAGACUGGAUCGGAAUGCUUGAUUGGCAUCAUUUAUCAGAUAUUCGAUCCACUUAAUUAGUCAAUAUUGGAGCAGAUAUCAAAUCCAAAUAUUGGAUCUGUGCCUCCCUAAACUGAAAGUAGACAUUCAUGAACAAAAAAUUCUCCAAAAAAUACAUAGAAACUGUAAAGUUAUUUUCUUUUUCACUCAUUCCUUGGGCAUGCUAGUCUUCCCUGGUGAAGACUCAGGGUCCUUAGCACAAUAACAGCUGCAGGGGAGAACCAAAAUAUGGCAGAUUUAGAGUGAGUAAAAAUGACCAGCUGACUCAAAUAUUUCUUAUCACCAUAUGAAUCCCCUUUAAAAUCACUACUUUAUGAUAGUUAUUCAUAACCACUGUGCUAAAUAAAGAUAGUAUGUAAAUUCCAGGACGACUCUUACUGACCUGAUUGGCCAACAUGCAGCUAUCAAAUCCACCCAAACCUACUUUACCCUCUAUCACUAUCGCUAGGUGAAAAUCACCCUGUGAACACGUGCCCAAGGAAAAAGCAGGUUUUGGAUCAGGGAAACAAAGAUGUCAAAGGAAAUGCUGAAGCUACCCAGGGACCCAUGAUACUCAGACAACCGCAACAUCAUGAAAAUCAUGUAAAUAUGUUUGGUCGGGUGAAAAUCACCCGGCGAUAGUGUUCUAGGGUUAAAACCAUAGACUGUAUAUAACUUGGUUCCGCCUUCCACCUGUAUAUGGAUUUGAAGCCAAAUAGCUCUCAGUAUUUCCGGGAUUUUUCUUCAUUUCCUGAAACCAGCGCUGCGCAGUGGUGUUGUGCACAUUCGGCGAGAGAGUCACUGUGAUGACGCCUGGCUCAAACAGCGUAUCCCCUGGAUGGGCUACGCAAUCCCUGAACGCCCAUAGGCUGUAUCAGGUGUCAGUCAAAGAAAACAUGAACCCCACAAUAACUUUUAAGAAUGGAGCUUCACAGAAAAAAGUGAACUUGAGCACAAACCAGUCUUACUGUAACUACAUGUCAACAUCACAAGCAGGGGGGAGAAAAAUUUAUGUUCUGUGUAAUAAAUUUCUAAAGUUUGUCCACAGUUCCAUAAGCUUUGCUGGCGGAGGCGGGUUUUAUGACCUAUACUGCAGCCCAUCAACAGAGGGUGCUGUUCACUUUAAUUCAAAUUCAACUUUAUUUUUUCUGCACUUUUCAGACAAAAAAUGCUGUUCAUAGUGCCUCACAAAGGCUAAAAACAACAAUUAAGCAACAAUAAAACCCGACCUUCCCACCCACACAUGGACCCACACACACACACACACACACAAAGACACACACCCAGCCUCACUCACCCACACAUACACACACAAGUGCAAACAGUGUGAGAAUUUAAGAUAUAUUAUUAGAGAGACAUGGCUUGACACUGAGACAUUGCGUGAGGAAAGAGCUACCUUUGGGAAACACUGAAGAUAAAGAUAAAAAAUAAAAUUAAAAAAGAAAUAAGCAGAUAAACAAACAAAUAAAUAAAUAAAAUGGUUAAAAGAAAGACUAAAACCUAAUGGACUUAAACAAGAAAAUAAAAUAAAAUGAACGAAUAAGUAAGAUCUCUUUACCAAAUAAAAGGGGUAAAAGAAGUUAAGUAAAGAAGAAAAAGACCAAGAGCAGAGAUAAUUAAUAAGAUUACAUACUACUUAAAAACAUCAACAGUCUCUGCGGCCCUGAGGCUCUCCAGCAGGCUGUUCCACAACCGGGGACUAUAGAAACUGAAAGCCGCCUCCCUCCCCGUGUGUUUUUGUUUUGACCUUGGGUUAAAAGGCCUGUGCCGGAGGACCUGAGGGUCGGCGAGGAUUGAUAUGAUAAAAGUAAGUCAGAUAAAUAAGAGGGGCCAAGACCAUUAAUAUAUCUAAAAACUAAUAAAAGAACCUUAAAAUCAAUCCUGAAAUGGACGGGGUGCCAAUGCAGCGAUGCUAAAACUGGCGUUAUAUGCUCUCGCCCUCUGGCCCUUGUCAGCACUCUUGCAGCAGAUAUACUUAAAUAAUUGUAAUGAGUCCAACAAGACAUUCCAGUUUAUUGAGAUGACUGAUCUCUUUACCUGUAUAAAAGUUAGCAAACUUUAUUAAGUUAUAUUUAUGCUGUAAUGUUUCUCUCUGCAGACAUUUAAGCUCUUUGAGAAGAUGGCAGAGCACAACAGAGAGAGACAGCUGAGCGAGCUGCGGAGGAGACAGGAGGAGAGUCAGUGCGUUCCUCCUCCUGCAGUCCAGGAGCUGGAGAUUGCAGCAGAGGAGACCGAGGAGCAGAGCUCAGAGGCAGCACAGCAGGCUGAAAGCUCCUCCUCCUCAUCAGAUCCUGUGAAGGCUUCAGCUCCAACCUCCUCAGAGGCUACAGGCAGCUCUCAGCCAGACAGCAGCAGCAGCAGCAGCGGUGCUUUAGGACCGCCAUCUCAGGGAGCGGUGGGCGGCACAAACCCACCAGUGGAGUGAGUCCAUAUCUAAAACCAUAAAACCUAAAAAUAACCUUAGCGCUUGAAAGGGAUAUUCCGGCGUAAAAUUAGUUUAGGGUCAAACACACCAUAGCACCGAGUUAGACACCCCCUCCAGAGAUGAAUGUUGCUGACCGCUUGCUUCUCUAGUUAUAACAACUUUAGUAACAACCGCAGGAUAGCAAUACACAGCGGUCUGAGGAGCCAUAAACAAACCUCAACCAAAACGCCACUCUAUAGCCACAAAUAAUGCUCAGAACAGCACCUAACUUCAUCAACAGUACAUAUAGGGUCCCAGCCAUAGUACUAGCCAUCAAACAUCUUUUUAUCUUUGCCUAAUUUCUUUAGCUAAGAGACUAAACACAACUCACCUACUCUCUUCCAGCAGCCGCUUGUUUGUAGCAAGACCUCAGGCCAGUCCAUGACGGACUGCAGUGGGGUGACGCAGCUCAAGGAAGAACAUUUAUGAUCAUUUCUUCAUGGAAAUACAAUCAGACCGAGACGCUAAGGCAGAAGAACUACUGCGUCUGCAGUGCAAAAUGAUAAAUAUGGUGAUUUUUACUUCAAGGAAAUGAUAAGGAAAUGAUUAUAAAUGUUCUUCCUUGAGCUGCGUCACCUCUGUAGUCCAUAAUGGACUGGCCCGUGGUCUCACUACAAACAAGCGACUGCUGGAAGUGAGUAGGUGUGUUGUGUUUAGUGUCUUUGCUAAGGAAAUUAGGCAAAGUUAAGAAAAUGUUUGGUGGCUAGAACUAUGGCUGGGACCCUAUAUGUACUGUUGAUGAAGUUCGGUGCUGUUCUGAGCAUUAUUUGUGGCUAUAGAGUGGCGUUUUGGUUGAGGUUUGUUUAUGGCUCCUCAGACAGCUGUGUAUUGCUAUCCUGCGGUCGUUACUUAAGUUAAUAUAACUAGAGAAGCAAGCGGUCGGCAACAUUCAUCUCUGGAGGGGGUGUCUAACUCAGUGUUACGGUGUGUUUGACCCUAAACUAAUUUUAUGCCAGAAUAUCCCUUUUAGUUUGUGUCCUGAUAUGUUCUGUCAAUUUAGUUUUUACCUGGUUUUGUUAUUUGAGUGUAUUUUCAGUGUUUUCCUCGUGUUUCUGUUCCCUAUUGUUCCUCUGAUCUUGUCUUGUGAGUUUUCAGUUUGUGUUUGACCCCAUUUCCCUCAUUUUCUCACUGUUUUAUUCUUUAGAUCAGUUUUCAGUGUUUCCUGUUUUAUUUUGUACUAGUCCAUCCUUGUGCGUAUAGGCUUAUUUUACUUCUCUCCUCAGUAAUUGGCUGCACCUGUGUCUCAGUGUCUCAGAUUUUGUAUGUCGUCCCUGUUUUCCCCUGUUUCUUUGUUAGUUCAUGGUGUGUGUUUGUCGGUCAGUGUCAGUUGAUGUCUUGUUCUCCUCCUAAAUUUUUCCCCCAGUGUUUUUUUAUUCCAGUGUUUUUGUUUUUUUCCCAGUGCCCUUUUUGUUUCUUUGUUUUUUUUUUUUUCUCUUGGACAUUUUGAAGUAAGUUUUUGUUAUUUUAAGUUUAGUCUUUUAUUUAAUAAAUCCUUUGUUCUGCAUUUGGGUCCUUUUCCUUUGUUUAACUCUGGCCUAUGACAGUUUGGGUCUUUUGGGAUAACAAAUGAAGCAUUUUGGAAAUUUAAAGACUUUAUUUGAAGGUUUACCUCCAGAGUUGUCCAGUACUUUCAUGUUAGGAUAAGUUUUAGUUCAGUCAAACAGCUGUAAAAAAGUCUGAUUUAGCAAAACAAAGUUUCUCUUAGUUACUGUAUUUUAGUUUACGACACAGAUGGAUGUUUCUGGUUACAAACUGAUUCUGUGUGUGUUUGGUUGUGUUUUCAGAGGUGAGGGGAGUUUUCAGUCCAACCCUGAAAGUUACAAUGGAGCGGUGAGAGACAACUACAGCUGGUCUCAGGACUACACCGACGUGGAGGUCCGAGUGGUCGUGCCAAAAUCUGUCAUCAAAGGACGACAGGUGAGCGCCGUCUGCACGCCACGAACACUGUUCUUAUGUCAGACCCAGCUGACGGGACUCGUGUGUUUCUGCCCUCAGGUCAGCGUCAGUCUGCAGCCCAGCAGUGUCCGAGUGUGUGUGAGAGACGGCGCUGAGGAGAAAACACUGAUGGAGGGAAAAUUCACUCAUAAGAUCAACACUGAAAACUCUCUGUGGAGUCUGGAGCCUGGAAAAUGUGUGGUCGUGAGUACACGCACGCACGCCAAACACACACACUCGCAGGUCUGAUUCUCAAUUCAAACACUCUUCACUCUCCAUCUCUGACCUCCAGCUGUCGCUCAGUAAGACGUCGGAGGUUUGGUGGAACGCCGUGCUGAAAGGAGAGAAGGAGAUUGACGUAAACCAAAUCAACCGUGAGCGCUCCAUGGCAUCGGUGGACGACGAAGAGCAUGCCGUCCUGGACAGACUCACCUUCGACUACCAUCAGAAGCUGCAGGGGAAACCGCAGAGCCACGAAAUAGUGAGGACAAGACUCGACUCAAACACAAAACACACUAUUGGGUGAAUUAGGCUGAAGAAGCUGCAUGACACUGCAGCGGUCAGAGUCGUCUCUCUCUCUCUCUUUCUCUCUCUCUUUGUGUGGAGAUUAUGCUCUCCCUCUGUGAAUGUGUGGGUUUCCUCCAGGCACUCCAGCAUCCUCCACAGUCCAAAGACAUGCUGGUAAAUUCCCGGCAGGUGCGAUUGUCUCUAUGGCUACGUUCACACCUCAGGCCGUCGUGCUCAGUUUGGAUUCAUCACUCAGAUCUGAUAUUACAUCACUUUUCAGAUGUGGCCUCUAUCAGAUUCUUGUGUGAGCUGGUUACAAGUCAGAACCGGUCCACAUCAGAAUCAGAUAUACUUUAAUAAUCUCCAGGGGGAAAUUGCUUUUUGUCACAGUAACUCAAGUGCAAAUAAGUAGAAAGAGGAGAUAAAUAAUAGACAAAAUAAGUAAAAAUAGAGAUAAUAUACAAGUAUGUACACUAUAUACAACACAAAAUAGUAAAGUAGCAUGCAUGUAAAAUAGUGAGCAGAGUCCAGGUAAAGACGACUGACUGAGGGUGUCAGAGUCUCUGAGGGAGGAGUUAAAAAGUCUGAUGACCACAUGCAGGAAAGAUUCCCUGUGGCGCUCCGUGGUUCAUCAUGGAGAGAGGAGCCUUCUGCUGAAGGUGCUCCUCCUCUGCGGGACCAGUUCACUGUGGAGAGUGUGAGAGACAUUGUCCAGUAUGGAGUGGAGCUUGGACAGCAUCCUCCUCUCUGACACAGCCAGCUGGGAGUCCAGCUCCACUUCCACAACAUCACCGGCCUUUUUUAUCAGUUUAUUGAGUCUGUUGGAGUCAGCGACCCUCAGCCCGUUGCCCCAGCACGCAACAGCAAAGAAGAUCGCACUGGCCACAUCAGACUCGUAAAAAAUCCUCAGCAUUGUCCUGCAGAUGUUGAAGGACCUCCGCCUCCUCAGGAAAUAGAGACGGCUUUGACCCUUCCUGUAGACGGCCUCAGUAUUCCUGGUCCAGUCCAGUUUAUUGUUUAAGUACACCCAGAGGUACUUGUACUCCUCCACAGUGUCCACUGGGACCCCCCGGAUGGAAACAGGGGUCACAGGUGUUUUGUUCUUCCUAGAUCCACUAUCAGCUUCUUAUUUUGGUCACAUUGAGCUGCAGAUGGUUCAGCUCACACCACGUGACACGUGCAAGAAAAUGACCACAAGGACCUCAUGGGCAGCAGAAGAAACUUGAAUCGGAUUCAUCUGACCUCAUAUGACCAAAAUCUGGUUUGAAGCUCAGAGCUGACAGGUGUGACAGUUUGAUGAGAGCAGAUCCAUCAGGUUAAAAACAAACUCACUCUUGUAUCUGCACCUGCAGAAAACCAUGGAUUUAACUCUUUAAAAUAACACGAAUGUUGUCGUUAGACCUGUUUAUUUUUCUCUUCAUACAGAGAUGGAAAUAUUGUCAUAAUUGAAGGUUAAAAACUUGUCUUUAUGAAGCUGAAAACACACUGUGAAUGAGUUUAUUUCUCUUUGCAAAUAUUCAGUUUUUUUGUUUUAUCCUCUGCAGUUCUCAGUCUGUCCUCCAGAUGGCACUGUGGUCUUGUGGUCUUCAUUAGUGUCACUUAUUCACUCUCCUUCCUCUCCAUCAACAGAAAGUGCACGAGAUGCUGAAGAAAGGCUGGGACGCAGAGGGCUCGCCGUUCAAAGGGCAGCAGUUCGACCCGUCCAUGUUUGACAUCCCGCCCAGCGCCGUGCAGUUCUGAGAUGCUGCCAAAAUAAAGUAAAAAAACAAAAAAAAACUCCACCGGCUGGUUAUGAGCCAAAUAUGAACUCAGCUCUGCUUCAUUGAAAGAAAAUGGAGAGAGGAGUCGAUGUUUAUCGUAACAGUCAGAGCAGAGCUGCUUCUGUGUGGAAAUGAAACAAGUCAUUAUGCCGACAUUUAUUUGAUGUUUUGGCAUCAUGAAAAUGAUAAAAUAUGUGUGCUUUGUAAACUGAUCUUCUCAUUAUUUAAAGACUCUACACUGCCUUACAUUCGCCUGCUCUGCUGAGUGAUUUUGUGUUACAUGUAAGAUCUUUUUACAUCUUCAAAUCCUCCAAACAUUCUAGCAUCAAAAGCUGAAUUUUCCCCCAAAAUUCACUCUCUCAUUGGCUGUUAAUGUUAUUAUUGUUUUUUUUUAACUGAGGUCAAGUUCCAGAAAAGUUUCUCAGCUUAUCUAGCCACUGAUGAGUCUGAAAGGUUCAAUUUUAUCUUUGCCAAACAAGAUCUUUUGGACUUGAAAUCGUGCAGAGGGAUGACAUGGAUUUGCUGUGUGAAUAAAAUUCAUAUCUUGUUUCGCCAAGAUAAUAAGGAUCAUCUUUCAAAACCUCGGGAUUUCAGUGGAUUCAAUUAAAAAAUAUUAGUGUCCUGAAAAAGUUUGUUUCUCAUAAUUUAAUUCAAAAGGUGAAACUUCAGUAUAUUCCAGAUUUAUCUCACACAAGGUGAAAGAUUUCAAGACUCAAGCAAAGAUAUCUGAUAUUAGCCACAAAUUUUCAAAAGACAGAAAUGAAAAAUUACAAAAUGAUUUAAAUAAUUUAGCUUCCUUUGACUUUGGAGCCUCCUCUGAACAAAGAUGAUCCUGUUCUCUUCAUGUAAAAAUGUCAUCCUGCUUCCCGUUAACAUGCGAUUAUUCCACUCCCUGCGAAUCUCAACAAAAUCUGUUUCUGCAGCUCGCCGUCAGUCACUUCAUCAUCUGAAAGCAGGAAAAAUGAACUCUGAAUGUAAUCAGCCCCAUUCCUGACAAUCCUGUUUGCUCAUUUAGGUCAUAAAUAAUCAUCAGUAUGAAUUUAUCUGCUUUAACGCAGACAAAAACACUCCUUACAUGACAGGAAAGUUCAGUUUUCAAACACAAGGACACUGAUUAGACCCACUGGGAUGAACAGAAAUGACGACUUUCUGAAAGGACUUUUUCCUGAGAGGAGGAAGUUUCAUACAAUUAGUUGUAAAUAAAAGUGAAAGUUUCUUAUUGACGGUGAAGAAUUGAUCUCUGGGUUAAUCUGAGUAUAAAAAGAAGAUUAAAUUAGUUCAAAUUUAAACCUUUACAGCAGGGAAAGACUAGGUGGGUGUAUUUAUGAAAAAAAAAAAAACACUACCUAACCCUAAAAAAAAUUCUGUGAAGAGGUUUCUCAGCUGUUUUUUAAUGUAUUAGAUUUCCUUAAUAACAAACUAAAAUUUUACCAAAGUUUGAUCACUAGAAAGGCGUCAUUUUCAAGAUGGCGUCCA